AUGUCCCACCACGCCAUCGACUUCCCUCCCGACCAGGGCCACAAUGUUAAAAUAUCCGUAAUCAACGGGGCCACCUCCAAGAUGCGAACAGAUCUAGUCAUGGAUCCAGCUCCAGCAGACAAGAGCCACAUUACUCUAGCUGGCUACAGCUUCCUCAUCGAAUCACAAAAUCGUGGACAGAAAGUCUUAUUCGACCUAGCAUUCAUGACUGACCUCGAGACCCGAAUGCCACCAGCUGUCAAAGCACUCUUCGCUGGCGGCGAGGACAUGAUGACCAUCGAGGAGCUCCAGGAUGUCCCAUCGACCAUCCAAGCCCACGGGAUCGACCUAUCCGCCAUCAAUGCUGUGAUUUGGUCACAUGCGCACAUUGACCACGUUGGCGAUCCAUCUGUCUUCCCGCCCAGUACAAAACUCGUUGUCGGUCCAGGUUUUAAAGAGUCUUGCAUGCCUGGGUACCCGACCAAUCCCAAUUCGUUCAUUCUGGAGAGUUAUUUCCACGGUCGCACUGUCCACGAAGUUAACUUAUCCACCAGUGAUGUGACCAUCGGUGGAUUUCAGGCGGUAGACUUCUUCGGCGAUGGGUCCUUCUUUCUUCUCCACGCCCCAGGACAUACAGCUCAUCAUCUCUGCGGGUUAUGCCGGACGACGCGGGAAUCCUGGGUUCUUCUAGGCGGCGACGCGUGCCAUCAUAUUGGACAGCUGCGGCCGAGCCCGUUUCGGCCUCUUCCCGAUCAAGUGCCGACGACGGCGUGUACAUGGAAUCCACCGGUCGAGCAGUGCAGCUGUGUUUACUUACCGCAUCUAGGUCCCAAUAAGAAAAAGGAUACGUUUUAUAGGCUUGCGGCUGGCAUGCAGGAGGACCUAGAGCAGGCCGGAGAAACUCUAGAAAAGCUGAAGGCGUUCGACGGGCGCGAUGAUGUGCUCAUUGUGAUGACACACGAUGCCACACUGUUACCGGUGCUAAAUCUUUUUCCGCGCACCAUCAACGACUGGCGAAGUGAAGAGGUGGCCGAGCGGGGUCGGUGGUUGUUCCUGCAGGAGCUUGUUGAGGGAGCAGCGACAUGA